CCAUCAUCAUUGGGGAGUUGGAGUGGUUAGCGACCGAGCGAGUGAAAACAGGUGGCCAGAGAGAGCCUCAUGGCAUCCGUGGCGCGGCGCGCUGCUCUGCUCCGUGGCAGCUGCCUCGCGGUCGUGCUCGCGCUGGCGGCUCUCGCGUCGGCGGGUGAGAGCAGCGGCGCCCCCGACUGGCACGUCGUGAGCGUCGGCUCGCUGCUGCCGAGCUCAAUCUGCGCCGCGGCAACAGCAGCGUCCAACUCGUCGGCUCUCAGCGUCGUGCACCGGCACGGGCCGUGCUCGCCGCUGCUGGCUCGGGUGGGCGGCGCGCCGUCCCACGCGGAGAUCCUGGACCGGGACCAGGACAGGGUCGACUCCAUACACCACAGGCACAGGGGCUCCGGCGCCGCGCCGGCGAUCAACCCGGCCCGCGCCUCCAAGGGCGUGUCGCUGCCGGCGCACAGGGGCCUGUCCCUCGGCACGGGCAACUACAUCGUCUCCGUCGGCCUCGGGACGCCGAGGAAGGACUUCUCGGUGGUGUUCGACACCGGCAGCGACCUGUCGUGGGUGCAGUGCAAGCCCUGCAAGGACUGCUACGAGCAGCAGGACCCGCUCUUCGACCCGGCGCAGUCGUCCACGUACGCCGCCGUGCCCUGCGGCGACCCGCACUGCCGCGGGCUCGACUCGUCGACCUGCGCGUCGGGCAACAGGUGCCGGUACGAGGUCGUCUACGGCGACCAGUCGCAGACCGACGGCAAUCUCGUGCGCGACACGCUGGUGCUGGGGCCCUCCGACGCGCUCCAGGGGUUCGUCUUCGGGUGCGGCGACGACGACUCCGGGCUGUUCGGCAAGGCCGACGGGCUCGUCGGCCUCGGCCGGGCCAAGGUCUCGCUGACCUCGCAGGCGGCGGCAAAGUACGGCGCGGGGUUCUCAUACUGCCUGCCCUCGUCGUCGAGCUCCGCGGGGUACCUGUCCCUCGGCGGCGCCGCGCCGUCCAACGCGCAGUUCACGGCGAUGGUGGCGCGCAGCGACACGCCAUCGUUCUACUACCUCGACCUCGUCGCCAUCAAGGUGGCCGGCCGGACGGUCAGCAUCCCCGCGGCCGUGCUCAAGGCGCCUGGCACGGUGAUCGACUCGGGAACCGUGAUCACCCGCCUCCCGGACACCGCGUACAGGGCGCUCCGGUCGUCGUUCGCGGGGUUCAUGCGCAGGUACAAGCGGGCGCCCGCGCUGUCCCUCCUGGACACGUGCUACGACUUCACCGGGCACAGGACGGUGCAGAUCCCAUCGGUGGCGCUGGUGUUCUCCGGCGGCGUCACCGUGAGCCUCGACUUCAGCGGGGUGCUGUACGUGUCCAAGGUGUCGCAGGCGUGCCUGGCGUUCGCGUCCAACGGCGACGACACCAGCAUCGGCAUCCUCGGGAACACGCAGCAGAAGACGUUCGCCGUGGUCUACGACGUGGCCAACCAGAAGAUCGGGUUCGGCGCCAAGGGCUGCACCUGAUCCUCCUGAUCGGGCGGAGUAGUCUCUAGCCGAAAUCUACGCGGCGCACGUUCGCCAAUCGCCACCGGUGAUUUGGUAGCACUAUUCCUACACGAUAAUACAGGGCAAAUUGGUGAUCA